AAGACCUCAUCGACCAAGUCACCAGCUCCUCAGGCGUCAGCCUCAGCAAGAAGGACCCGAAACGCUACUGGAGGCGACCUUCAACGCCAUCGGCCAAGCCGUCUGCAAAGAAAAGCGCUUCGCGUACCCAGGCUUCGGCACCUUCACAUUGCGAGAACGAGCGGCACGGAAAGGACGCAAUCCGCAAACCGGGGCCACCAUGAAGAUCAAAGCCAGCAAGACCAUCGCCUUCAAGCCGACGCCUUCCCUCAGAGACAGCCUGUAAUCAUCACCACGAACACGGGAUCGCGCGGCCCCGCUCGCCCGGCACGCCGCCACGUUCCCCUUACCCAACGGGAACACCCCCAUGAUUCAGCCCGUCUCGAAGCUCCGGCCGGAUACCUGCGAGGCAAUAAGGGGAGUGCAAAAAGUGUGGUUGCGAUCUGA